AGGAAGCUGAUGUGUUAUUCCUUCUUCGCAUCGAAGGAUCAGGAAGUUUGUGUUCUCUCCGUGGCUAAGAAGUUGUUCACCUCCUAAGACAGGGGUGGGGGAGAGGGAACAGGUGCCCUCCUAAAAAGAGCGCGAACGACCGCCCUCGUGCAGCAUAACCCAGGAUUCCUAUCAGGAAACAGGUGAGAAUGACCACUUUAACUCACCGGACUCGUCGCGCUGAAGUAAGCAAGAACUUUGAAAAGAAGGUAGAAAGUGAGGAAGACUUUUAUCCAGAAAGGAAACCAGAUGUAGAAGACCCUGGGGAUUCUAAGGAUAUACGCCUCACCCUGAUGGAAGAAGUACUGCUCCUGGGGCUAAAAGAUAAAGAGGGUUACACAUCUUUCUGGAAUGACUGCAUAUCAUCUGGCCUGCGAGGGGGCAUCCUGAUAGAGCUGGCAAUGCGGGGUCGAAUCUAUCUGGAACCCCCCACCAUGCGUAAGAAGCGACUGCUAGACAGAAAGGUAUUACUCAAGUCAGACAGCCCAACAGGUGACGUUUUACUGGAUGAAACCCUCAAACACAUCAAAGCGACUGAACCCACAGAAACCGUGCAGACAUGGAUAGAGCUGCUCACCGGUGAGACCUGGAACCCCUUCAAAUUACAGUACCAGCUGAGAAAUGUGCGAGAGCGACUUGCCAAGAACCUGGUAGAGAAGGGGAUUCUAACCACUGAGAAGCAGAAUUUCCUCCUGUUCGACAUGACCACUCAUCCCGUGACCAACAUGACUGAGAAACAGAGACUAGUGAAAAAACUCCAAGACAGUGUUCUGGAGCGCUGGGUCAAUGACCCUCAGCGCAUGGACAAGCGGACGCUGGCGCUCCUGGUGCUCGCCCACUCCUCCGACGUGCUGGAGAACGUCUUCUCCUCCCUGACAGAUGACAGGUACGACGUGGCGAUGAAUCGAGCCAAGGACAUAGUAGAACUGGACCCUGAGGUCGAGGGGACAAAGCACAGUGCCACCGAGAUGAUCUGGGCUGUGUUGGCAGCCUUCAAUAAAUCCUAAA